UGCCCAUCAAUGCCACAUACCACUGCCUUUCAAUGCUGUUGAUCAGUGCCAGUCAGUGCUGCCUAUCAGUUCCAGUCAGUACCACCUAUCAGUUCCACCUAUCAGUGCCCAUCAGUGCUGCCAAUCAGUGCCACCUAUCAGUACCAGUCAGUGCUGCCUAUCAGUGCCAUCUAUCAGUAACCAUCAGUGCCGCCAAGCAGUGCCACCUAUCAGUGCCCAUCAGUGCCGCCAAUCAGUGCCACCUUUCAGUGCCAGUCAGUGCCGUCUAUCAG